AUGAUGGGAAGAAAUCAAAGUGUCAUCUCAGAGUUCCUCCUCCUGGGCCUGCCAGUUGAACCAGAGCAUCAAAACCUGUUCUAUGCUCUGUUCCUGGUCAUGUAUCUUACUACUGUCCUGGGGAACCUCCUCAUCAUUGUCCUCAUUCAACUGGACUCUCAUCUCCACACACCCAUGUAUUUUUUCAGCAAUUUGUCUUUCUCUGAUCUCUGUUUUUCCUCUGUCACAAUGCCCAAAUUGCUGCAGAACAUGCAGAGCGAAGUCCCAUCCAUCCCUUAUGCAGGAUGCCUGACCCAAAUGUACUUCUUUCUGUUUUUUGCAGACCUGGAGAGCUUCCUCCUUAUGGCCAUGGCCUAUGACCGCUAUGUGGCCAUCUGCUUCCCCCUGCACUACACCACCAUCAUGAGCCCCAAGCUCUGUCUGUCCCUGGUGGUGCUGCCCUGGGUGCUGACCACGUUCCAUGCCAUGUUACACACCCUGCUCAUGGCCAGAUUAUCUUUUUGUGUGGACAACGUGAUCCACCACUUUUUCUGUGAUAUGUCUGCUCUUCUGAAGCUGUCCUGCUCUGACACUCAAGUUAAUGAGUUGGUGAUAUUUAUCAUGGGAGGACUCAUUCUUGUCAUUCCAUUCCUACUCAUCAUCAUGUCCUAUGCACAGAUUGUCUCCUCUCUCCUCAAGGUCCCUUCUGUUAGAAGUAUCCGCAAGGCUUUCUCCACCUGUGGCUCCCACCUCUCCGUGGUGUCCCUGUUUUAUGGGACAGUUAUUGGUCUCUAUUUAUGCCCUACAGCUAGUAAUUCUACUGUUAAGGACACUGCCAUGGCUGUGAUGUACACUGUGGUGACCCCCAUGCUGAACCCCUUCAUCUACAGCCUGAGGAACAGAGACAUGAAGGGAGCCCUGGGAAGAGUCUUUCACAAAAAGAAAACUCUCUUCUCUCUAUGA